ACCGUGAAUCAUUCUGUCUCGACGCGACGCCCGUUGACAUCUCCAUCAAGUAUUUAAAGGAUUACAGUGCUGGUGUCCAUACUAGAAGCCAUGUUGGCGUGAUAUUGGACAAACCUCGACGCCUUGCAGGCUGCUGGACUACGACUCCGAUAUCGCGGAUAUGGACGGAGAGCCUCCGCGGGCGACAAAACGGCGACGGUUGCCGCGUGCUUCACAGGCAUGCAACUGGUGUCGCACCCGGAAAACGAAGUGCGAUCAAUUAAGGCCAUGCUCAUAUUGUGCCUACCAUUCCCUAGAAUGUGUGUACAAAACCUCGGACAUCGAAAGUAUCUCGUCAGCGACCAAGAAAAAUGCCGGGGCUAAAGAGAUUGACAUCCCGGUAAACCAGGCCCGUUUGUCUCCCUGGCCGGAGGGAGCAGCUCUGACAUCCAGAGUACGUCGGCAAUAUGACCCAGGGGAAACCCUCGGUAGAUCGGAGGCGGACGCUCCAAGUCCAUCUCCCAUUCAGCCGGCGAUACGUUCAACUGGACAAUGGAAUCUGCCGCUGGCGCCAGCGCCUCUUCCGACAAGUCCAACAGAGGACUGCACUCCCCGGACUGUUGACGGUGCACCCUCGGAAAUCGGUGACUCGUCCUCUAGAGUCGGGCUCAGUGGUGUGAACAUUCACACCAAUGGCACCGAGUUCUACGGCAAUUCCUCCAAUUUGGCCUUCCUUGGUAAUCUUUAUUCCCGAGCGCGCAAUCAGGCUCGCACGGCUUCUUCACAGGACAGUCCACCAAAUGGUUCACACGGCGGACAAACAUUAGCCCAAUCCCCCUUUUCCCUCGCUCUUGACAAAGAUUCCGACCGUGAGGGACCGACUCAGGAAAAGGAACAGCUCUCGAUAGUCAACCUGUUGCACAAUCCGAACUUUCCUACGAAGGCAGCCAGUGUUGAUCAACAAUCAGCUCCCCAGCAGGAUAAAGAACUGAGGCGUUCCAAAUCAGGGAGCCUAGCUGAUCAUGCAUGUCGAAAUGGUAGACGCCCAGAGAUGGCGUUGCUGGUUCGCAGUAUACCCGAUGAAUCUCAAUUUGAAAUUGAGAAGAUGUUCAUUAGUAGCUAUUUCUCCAACAAACACUGGGUCCAUCCCAUGCUCGACAAACCCCGUUUCAUGCACCGCUGCGAGGCCGAGGCAUGGCACGCACCCGGGCGGGCCCGGUUCUUAAAUGGAUCUUCGAAAUUUACCGGUCUAUAUUUUGCUGUCGUUGCAAUGGGCGCGAUCAACUCAAGCCCUAACGAAACAGCCCUGCUGGACCAUUACUGUACGUACUCCCCGGAUCCGACGGCGAGAACAGGGCCUGCAAGCGGAUUCUCGGCCUUGGACUUUGCAGAAUUCUACUUUGAGAUGGCAAAGCAGACUCUGGGUGAUAUCUUCGAGAGUUGCUCUCUGGAGAGUGCACAGGCUUUGCUCAUCUUGUCGGUAUAUUGCCAAAACGCCCUUCGACCGCAUAGUUGCUUCAUGUACAGCGGUAUGGCUGUUAGGACGGCUGUUGCUAUUGGGCUGGCGUCGGGCUUUUCGUCGCCAUCUGCCUGUAUCCGGAAGGAAGGUAAACGGACGUGGUGGUCUAUCUAUUCUCAUGAGGUGGAAAUGUGCUGUUCCUCUGGACGACUGGAUAGCAUGAAAGCGCUGAAUCACUACCACGUUUCUCUUCCGAAAUUAAAGGCAGACCCUGGGAAUGGAUCGGAUCCUGACGCAGAAGACAACGAAAUUGGUAUGAUUCCCGUCAUGGUAGCCUUGGCCAAGAUCAUGUCCGAAGCCUCUCACCUCAUCUACCAUGAGACGACUGAGCGGUCAAUGACGGAAAUGUCACGGAUUGCAAUGGAUCUCGAUAAGAAGUUACUCGACUGGAAAGAGAGUCUGCCGAGCUUUCUAAGCAUUGAUGUGGCUGCUUUGAACGAUCCAGAGUGGGCUUUCAAACAAAGGCUGGUCCUCAAACUGAGAUUCUACAACACUCGCAUUCUCAUCCAUCGUCCGUUCCUCGUCGCCUCAACAGCCUCGCGCUUCAGCAUUCAGAUGCAGUACGAAUCUUUCCUGCAUAGAAUAUACAUCCGAACAUGGUGGUAUAAUACAACCUACGCCCUGUACGCCAGCAUGAUCCUUCUGCACCUCGUCCUGUCCGAUUUCCCGGGCAUCUCAUGCAAAGAUCUCCUUCAGGAUGUGGAGAAGAGCCUAGAAAUAUUCUCGUCAAUGGGAGACAUGCUCGUUGUCCGUCGUUGCGGGGAGAUGAUCAAAGAAGUCCUAGAGGUUGCCCGGAUGUGUCUCGCACGCCGUCAAGCGUUGACGACAGCACCCCCGUUCCCUAGCGGCGGUGCUUCUUCUUCUUCUUCUUCUUCGAUUCUAGCGCCAUCACAACAACCCUGGUCUGUGCAAGGCCAUACAGAGCCAGGAUGGCACCACGGAAGGUCUUCGCAUACUACUCAUAGCCAUCCUACUACUACUACACCCCUAGGCCAACCCAUCGAAACCACCACCACUACUACCGGCGGUAGUGGUAGCGCCCUCCUCCCCAACAGCGCCGGCGGGAAUGGGGAUUUCUUCUCCACCCUCUUCAGCCAGGACGGAAUCGACAACGAUACAGACUGGAACGCCCGCGCUGAGAUCCUCGCCAACCUGGUUGACCCGGGGGUUCUGGAGGACUUUGCCUUUGGGGGAGGUGGCGCGGGUGACUUUUCGUUGUUUUAUUCAGCCUGAAUGAGCAUCCUACAUAGUACCUACCUAGGCUUACCAUGUUACAUCAAUUACUUAAUAUGCUUUACUUUUGAUGAAAUAUGCUGAUGGCGCCAUCCCUCUAUAUGCUGUAAUAAUAGAUGUUGUGAUUCUAAGCUGUACGUUGCGACAUCACUUG